GGCGCGAAGGACGAAUAAUUUACAAACAUGGCAGGCUAAAUUCACGAAAAUUUAGCGAUAAUGAGGCGUUCUGCAGCGCCUUCAGUGAGAGCUGCAAAGAAAAUGAAGUUCUAUCCGCCAUUUCUUUCCCUAGGCCAGGAAACUACUUCGGUUUUGCAGCAAUCAAACAAAAACCAGGUCAAAAUUCCAGAGAUCGGAGCUGAUAUUUCUAAAUCUGACGUAGAGACUGCCAGCACGAGUACCUUCAUACAAAGGUACCCUGAAAAUGUUACAGUCCCGGAAAGGAAAGAAGUGAAAUCUGAAGAUGAAAUAAAAGACUCCACCUCCACAGAUCCUUCAUACCCUUCACUGAGCAGUAAAAUAACACCUUUCAAACCUCCUCAGAGGUCGUCCAAAACAACUUCUAGUUUGGUGACAUCCAAGGAAAAAGAGAAUAUUUUUCAAUGCUUCAGCGUUGUUUGGGGAAAGAUGUCCAAGAAGAAGCACAAAAAGUGGGAUGGAGAUGGUAUACUGGUUACAAGAGGACGGACUGCCUCGUUAAAAGACCUGGAAGGAAAAGAGAUUGCAAAGAGCGCUGGGUACAAGUCGUCAGAGCUGGAGUCUCUGCAAGAAGGAAACACAUUGUGUAUUGGUGGAAAAGAAAUAGAGGUGAUGAGUCUUAUAAAAGCUGAGGAUUACUUAAGUGGACAGUGCUUUCAACAGUCAGUAGUGACUUCAUUUCCAACAAAACCACUCUCUAGGCUGCCUCCUAAAAAGACAGGCUUUAUCAAGCCCUUUUCUUCCAACGUGGAAAGAGAUAUAAUAACAGAUGCCCGACAAAUGGUGACGCCUCGGCAUGACGUCAACGCUCCUGGGGCCCUGGUAAUGCCUCGACCCAGUGCUACUCAUCAGUUGGAGCACAAUCGAGAGGGGCUGGAUAUCACAGACGUGGUAGUGGACCCACAUUUGUCCGGUCAAUUAAGGCCCCAUCAGAGAGACGGUGUGGUGUUCCUCUAUGAGUGUAUCAUGGGCUUGAGAAAAUUAAACGGGAAUGGAGCCAUCCUUGCAGACGAUAUGGGACUUGGGAAAACGCUGCAAUGUAUUUCUUUGAUAUGGACUCUUCAUAAACAAGGCAUGUACGGUGGAGUAGCAACUAUCAAGAGAACGCUGAUUAUAACUCCAGGAAGUCUGGUCAAGAACUGGAGUUCGGAGUUCCGCAAGUGGCUCGGUAACGAGAGAUUGAAGGUGUAUACAGUGAACUCGGACAAGAGAGUGAAGGAAUUCAUGAACAGUCCUCUCUACCCAGUGAUGAUUAUCAGUUAUGAGAUGUUUCUACGCUCAGUAGAAGAAGUUAGAAACAUUAAGUUUGGAUUAGUGAUCUGUGAUGAAGCACAUCGGCUGAAAAACACUUCCAUUAAAACUGCUACGAUGAUUUCUGGACUAAAGACAAAACGAAGGAUUCUUCUCACAGGAACCCCAGUUCAGAAUGAUCUCAAAGAGUUUCAUUCACUUGUCGACGUCUGCAAUCCAGGGAUUCUAGGCACGCAGUCAUCGUUUCGCCGUCUGUAUGAAGAACCGAUCGUCCGCGGCCAGCAACCUGACGCAAGCGGUGAAGACAAACUCUUGGGACAAACGAGGGCAGCUGAGCUCAACAGACUAACCAGCUUGUUUUUCUUGAGACGGACAGCAGAAGUGAACAGCCGUUACCUUCCUCAAAAAGUGGAAUGCGUCGUGUUCUGCAGACCCAGUCUCCUACAACUUUCUCUGUACCGUCACCUUUUGAUGUCACGAGUUGUGAGGUCAUGUCUGACGUCACAUUCCUCUGGAGGUUCGCGACACUUGGUUUGUAUUGGUGCCUUGAAGAAACUCUGUAAUGAUCCAAGCCUUAUUUAUUCACAUUGCCAAGAAGCCAAAGAGAUGGAGGACGGCUUGGAUGUUGAUGAGGACGCAUCAGUUUAUGAGGGACUCGAUCUUUCCUUUCCGGAGAAUUUCAACCCAGGUUGUUUUACAACAAACUACUCUGGAAAACUGCAAGCUCUCGGUCACAUGCUGCCCCAGAUACACAGCACGGGAGAGAGAGCAGUGCUCGUCUCAAAUUACACUCAGACGCUUGAUUUACUUCAGAGGUUUUGUGAAGACAGAGGUUACUCCUCUCUGCGACUGGAUGGAAAGACGCCAACCAGCAAACGACAGUCGUUAGUAGAUCGGUUCAAUGACAAGCACUGCAAAAUCUUUGUGUUUCUGUUGAGUUCGAAAGCUGGUGGAGUGGGCUUGAAUCUGAUUGGUGCAUCAAGGCUCAUUUUGUUUGAUAUUGACUGGAAUCCGGCCAAUGACAUACAGUCGAUGGCAAGGGUCUGGAGAGACGGACAGAAAAAGACAGUUCAUAUUUAUCGACUUUUGACAACGGGUACCAUUGAAGAGAAGAUUUACCAGCGACAAACCGCCAAGCAGGGUCUUAGCGGAACUGUAGCUGAUGCCAAGGACUCUGUCAAAGUUGAAUUCUCGCGAGAGGAACUCAAGGAUUUGUUUACACUCCACGAGAACACGUUAUGUUUAACGCAUGAUCUUCUUCAGUGUCCCUGCUUGACAACCGAGGAUGAAAGUGGCGAGGAAUGUCAACCACAGUCAACAGCCAAUCAACAGUCAACAAGACCAUGUCAAUUGGGAAUUGACAACACCUUUAAUCAAAAACAUCUCUCGAUUGCAGAGCUAAUGGAUUGGCAGCACUAUCCAUGUCCGAGUGUCUCGUGUUCAAACUUUGAGGACGACGCGUUAAAGGAAGCUGGUGAUACUGUGUCAUUUGUGUUUCGAACCAAGACAUUUGGACAAGAAAGGGUUCAACAAGAAUCCAGACAAUAAACCCUAUUUGUGAUUUAGUAGGAUAUUGUUAAUUUAGCUUCGCUCAAAUGUGACAAAUUCAUUAAAACCUUUUUUUUUUAA